CAUCGUUUUAUUGACUGUGGUCUUCUUGUCACCGGUGAGCUCUGCGGCGUCCACGGCGAUCGCUGCCGCAGCUGGCGCUUCUUCUGGCAAAGCUCUCACAACAUCUUCAGCUCCAGCAGCGUCAACAAAGACAGCAGGUGCCGCGUCUGCUAAGAAGGGUCCGACGGUGCGGCUCGUUUAUCUUGACAACCUGAAAGUGUUUCUGACUUUUUUGGUGGUUUUUCAGCAUGUCGCAAUCGGAUUUGGAGGCUACAAGUGGCAGGCGUACACAUUAACGCUCGGCAAUAGUGAGAACAAUAUGCUCGGGCGGGUGCUAUCCGUGAUGAACUUGGUAAACCAAAGCUUUUUCAUGUGCCUGUUUUUCUUUAUCUCCGGCUUCUUCGUGCCAAGCUCUCUUCAGCGGAAAGGCGCCAUGGAAUUUUUGAAGGACAAAUUCAUGCGACUUGGCGUACCGCUUGUUUUUGGCGGACUCGUGCUUUUCCCACUCACGGCCGCGUUCAGCUGGAAAGCCGCUUUCGGUACCGAGUGGUACCCGGGGCUUCCGGCAGCCAGCGGCGUGCUGCAUAAGCCCGACGUGUGGUACAUCGUGGGCCUCGGGCCCCUCUGGUUUCUCGAGGUUCUCCUAGUCUUCAAUCUGGCCUUCUGCUGCAUUUACCCGAAAGGACUGGAAUCGAUGCCUGGAGGCAUACCUCUCCCAGGGUUCUUCGAGUCACUAUUUAUUGGCACAGUGCUCGGAUUCUUUCAAGGUACAAUUUGAAUUUCCUGAAUCAUUUUGCUUUGCAUAUCGAUAGCUUCCUGAAGUAUUUUGAGAUGGAGAACUACCUAAAAACUGCAAUAGUUGUUCCUCUUGUUGCAGCAGUCAGGCUUGGGGAUUUGUGCAAUCUGUUUCUAAAAGAUCUAUUUUGUGCACUCUUUCGCGACACCUUUGACUUUGAGGCUUUCUUUGGAUUCAUUAAUCUAACGUUUUCUCUUUCAAAUUCAUCUAACAAAAAACGUUAGAUAUAGUUUUCAACGUCCUGAAGAAUAUUAUUAAACCUGCUACUCCUAUUCUUCUAUCACAAUCACCAGGUUGGUCCUUUCAAGAUAGUUGGGGAUGGAAACCGCCUGCUCGCUUUAGCUUCCUCGAUGUGCCUAACACGUAUGCUGGCGGAGGAGGGUUGCCUUUCAAUAUCGUAUUUUUCUUUGCUGGCGCGCUCGCGAAGAAAAACAACUGGCUGGAGCAAAUUCUGGAGAAAUCAGCACCGCCCUCUACUAGCGAGACAGCCGAUGCGCGAGAUAUUGCUGUAGCGCACGACCAGGCGGACAUGCUUGAGAAAGGGAAUCUUAGAAAUAGGGAUAGCCAGGAGCCUUCUCAGAAGGGAAGGGUAGACGGGAAUGCCGUAGAGGUUGAAAAUCUGAAGAAAAAGAAAGCCGCACGUCGAAGCAGGUGCUGCUGGAAUCUGUCUGUCUGGGGGUACCGUCUCCACGCAGUCGCCAUGAUCGCAGUGACCGCGUAUCUUGCCGUAGUGAUAGAUCCGAAGAUGAUGCCGCCGCAGCAUUCAAAAUGUGGCAACAUCGUUGAAGCAGAGGUCUCGCGGUGGAAGAAGCUGGGCAGAAUAGAAAUGCUCGCCUCACUCUACAGUCGGGAUGACAUACACAAAGCAGAGCGAAAUAUCGCAGGGAAAGGUGGAGUAGAACCAGAGAAACAAAUCGAAGCACUGGAGGAAGAGGCACAGACGAGGGCUCGAGAAAAGGUACUGGUUCCCAUUACUUUCUUGUUCGAAAAAAGAUUCUAAAAAAUAACAUUUUUUGUUUUGUAGUUUUGAGCUGGCAGAGCAGGAGUCGCAGCAUCAUUGUUUUGAGGUUGAGCCUCGUGCAUGAUUGAAGAGCAACUUAUCCUUAUUCUGAAGCGAGCGUCAACUUAUUUUUGUUUUCAUCUUCAGUGUUUUGUCUUCCGCUUCCCUCUCUACGUCGUUAUCCCAACCAUUACUGCACUACCAGGCGGCAGCUGCACCGGCACGAAAAUGGUACGAAGUUCUCGAACUCAACAAAGGAAAUAGCAUCAUCUGGCACAUGCUGAGGGGACAGAUGACGAUGACGAUAAGCUUCGCCUUGGUUGAACUUUUUUCUAGAUACGGAAACACGGAGAGUAAGACAGCGGUCAGGUGGAAUGCGACGAAGAAGGCGAUGGGGGAGGCUGCGUAUUCAUUUUGGUUAGUUUUGAUGUUAUAUUUGAGCCAGAUCGAAUUUGAACCUUUACCUUCGAUAAUAUCGUUAAUUAGCAACCGUUAUCUUCUCGGAUAACUGCAUUCCAUCAACAUAGACCUCCCGGAUACUUAAUUUUUUUCAAGAACAAGGACAACUUGAUUGGCAAUUGAUGAAGCAAAUUCAAGAAUCGUCAGCAUUUUUAUCGUCAGCAUCACCCUCAUCCUUCAGGUAUGGCGUCUAUCUACUGCACUGGGUAGUAUGGCCUUUGUUCUUGUGGGCACUCUUGGCGGGUCUCUACCAUCGCAUUAUGGACCCAGAAGUGGAUAAGCUGGAGUUCAAGAUCUGUGCAGACCGCAUGUUUGCCGCAGACGGCCCGUUUUCGCCGAGGUUCAAGUACGGACUCUUCUUCCUGACGCUGUUCUGCACGAAUGCGCUUCUUUGGCCGCUUUGCUACUAUCUUCGAAAGAUACCGGGACUGGACAAAGUCCUCUAAUCGGACGCAGAUAAGAGCUAGCGCAACACAACUCAUCAGGGUUUUAUUGUUCGUCCUUUUGUGACUGUGGCCUGGGACAACGAUUUUUUGCAUCUGUUCGAGAAUACACGUACUUUCAAAGGCUCAACUUGAACAACAACAAGAAUAUACAUAGUCUUAGUCAUUCUGUUUUCUAAUAACUGCUCAGUCUAAUCUGUUAUACACCAUAGCAACAUCUCCGUUCAUACAAUUUUUCUAAGCACUAGCACUCACCCCGUACCCCGUGCAGCAGGAGCAUUCUUAUAAAUGUCACUUGAAGACUCUGGCACGGUUAUCGAUUUGACUAAAGCAUUCUUCUCAUUGGUCCAAACCCAAAAAUUUCCCAGAAUAUCCAAUAAAAAUCUUGUAGUUGUGGUGGUAAAGCUACAGCAACAGCAAGAUCAUCACUUUCACUUCCAUCUCAACAGCCCCUCCCAGCUUCAAGAGUACUGUUUUAGAGCACGACACCUCGUUCCCUUCGAAAUUGAAGAUCACUUACUUAUCCAAAUGAGGUAUUGGUAUAUGAGCCUCAUGUUAUGGGGUACUGUACUACUUAUGUCUUUUUUUACUCCGCUAUUUUUUGUUCUUGAUUAUCGUAAUGCGCCUGAAAAGCGUGUGAGCACGCCCUCUCGUUGAAGGCGCUCUCGAUCCCCUUACCAAGAGACGAUACAAUAACGCAAAAAGAAAAUGCAUGAGAGAGUAGUUGUUACUUGAGUUAUAAAUUAUAAUGCCGCACCAGGAGCAAGCAGAAGCAAGA